AUGGCGCAGACGUGCUUCUCCGCCAGCACCUCCUCGUUCCGCACGUCGCAGUCACAAUCGCAGGCGCCAAAUGCGGCAAUGUCUUAUUCGGACAGCCCGCUGACGCAACUGCCGGCGGUGGACUUCAGCUUCGACGACCUGCGGAGGCGGAUGACCGAGUUCAGUGUGAAAUUUGACGCCUUCAUCGAGCGCGGACGGAAGCGAGUAUUAGAAGAGAGGAACGAGUUCCGCGCGCGUCUGGGCGAACUACAUGAGGAGCAGCGAUCGUCCAACACUCAAAUCGCGAGCUUGCAGUCCACCCUAUCCACACAUAACCAUGUCCUCGCCAGAGAACAGCAAGAAAAGAAUGAAAUGCACGCGCAGAUCUCCAAGCUGGAAGCCCACCAAGCCACUCAAGCCGCUACGCGAGAUCGGCUGAAGAACGCGAUUGCCCAGACGCAACGACAGAUUGAGGUCAAAUUACAAGCACAGCGCGACUAUGCCGCGAAGAUGGACAAGCAGAGUCGAUUGAACGGGCCAGAGCUGGGGUUCUGGGAAACAUAUCUGGGCUGCCGCAUCGAAGGGAGCGGCGACGAAAACAAAGUCAGCAUUGUCUUUGUCUUUCCUCCCCUGAAAGGCGGGAAGAGCGAUGAAGAGAGGGAGGCCGUCUUUGACUUGGAGAUUCCGGCCACCGCGACGGGAAAGUAUGCGGUGGUACACAUGAAGCCGAGGCUGGAACCUGCCAAGGUCGAGAAGGUGCUGGACCGCUUGAACUCGACCCGGGAGAUUGGAACUUUGUUGAAAGGCAUGAGAGGACUGUUUGCGGAAGCGAUGAAGUGA